GUUCACCGCAGCCGCCAGGCGGCGCCACGCCUUCCGCCUCCGCCGGACCCCGGACCCGGUGGUGAAGUCCAGGCCGCCGCCUGCAGCAAAAGGAGCAGAAAGAAGCCGCGACAUCCGCGCUGCCCCGGCCCGCCCGCGUUACAGGGAGAAGAUUUUCUUUGGCAUGAUUCAAAUGCACUAUAUCCUGAAGGUGGAGCUCACAUGACUACGUUAUCAAAAUUCUGAAAACUUCACUUAAAAAGCAGCAAAUUCCAGGAUGUCUUCCAGUGAUGUCCAGAUUUAUGUCCCAGUGUCAGAAAGUAACAGUCUUCUCCCCGGGACGAGUGCCAGCAACCCACAGACAUGUACUAAAAGCCUUGUGUUAAGUUUCCAUAACAUUUCCUAUAGGGUAAAAGUGAAGCAUGGCUCUCUACCUUGUCGGAAAACAAUUGAGAAAGAAAUACUAUCAAAUAUCAGUGGGAUUAUGAGACCUGGCUUGAAUGCCAUUAUGGGGCCUACAGGUGCAGGCAAAUCUGUGUUGUUAGAUGUGUUAGCUGGAAGAAAGGAUUCGCGUGGAUUAUCUGGAGAUGUUUUGAUAAAUGGAGAACUGCCACCCGCUGAUUUCAAGUGUAAUUCAGGUUAUGUGGUACAAGAUGAUGUUGUGAUGGUCACGCUGACUGUGAGACAACAUUUACAGUUCUCAGCAGCUCUUCGGCUUCCAACAACUAUGAAGAAUGAUCAAAAAAAUGCGAAGAUUAACGAUCUAAUUGCUGAGCUAGAUCUGAAUGGAGUGGCAGAUUCCAAGUUUUUGUCCAAAGGAGAGAGGAAAAGAACCAGUAUUGCAGUGGAGCUGAUCACUGACCCUCCUAUCUUGUUCCUGGAUGAGCCCACGACUGGAUUAGAUUCAAGCACAGCAUAUGAUGUUAUUUUGUGCCUGAAAAGGAUGGCCAUGCAGGGGCGAACAAUCAUCUUCUCCAUUCAUCAGCCACAGUAUUCCAUUUUCAAGCUGUUUGAUAGCCUCACCUUACUGACCUCAGGAAAACUAGUUUUCCAUGGCCCUGCACAUCAGGCUGUGGAUUACUUUACAUCGGCAGGUUACUACUGUGAGCCCUACAACAACCCUGCAGACUUCAUUCUAGAUGUGUUAAGUGGAAACUCCGCUAUUGUAGUAAACCAAGAGGGAGAAAGCUCUGAAGCCAGAGAGACUGAAGUGUUUUAUAAGAGAAACAAACCAGCUGUAGAAAACUUAGUUAACCUUUAUGUCAACUCAUCCUUCUACAAAGAAAUAAAGGAUGAAUUAGAUAAUUCCGACUUCCCAAGAGAUCAGAAGAAGAGGAGCUCAGCAUUCAAGAUCAUUUGUACUACCUCCUUCUUGCAUCAGCUAAAAUGUAUUAUGAAACGUUCAUUCAGAAACUUGCUAGGUUAUCCUCAAGUCACUAUAAUGCAGCUAUUGUUAAUAUUGGCGAUAGCAGUGAUUACAAGCUUUUUUUUUCUUGGACGACAUGAUAAUUGUACUGCACUCCAGAAUCGAUCCUCAGUACUCUUCACACUGGCCGUCUUUCAGUGUUUCAGCAGUAUGUCAGCCGGGGAGAUCUUUGUGCUUGAGAAGAAGCUGUUCAUACACGAGUAUAUCAGCGGAUACUAUGGACUUCUUCCUUAUUUCUUUGGAAAACUCUUAUCUGACUUAAUCCCUAGGAGGUUUUUGCCAAGUAUUACAUUUACUUUGACUGUAUAUUUUAUGUUUGGAUUGAAAAAAGAGGUAGAGGCCUUUUGCCUCAUGAUACUUACUGUUAUGCUGACAACUUACACAGCCAGUUCCAUGGCACUGGCCAUAGCAAUAAGUCCAAGAAUGGACUAUCUGACAACAUUAAUCAUGAACCUCUAUUUUGCGUUUAUGCUGGUUUUUUUUAAUAUGUCACUGUAUUCUGAAACCGUUGCAACCAUUGCACCUGUGUUUACACGGUUUCAGUACUUAAGUAUUCCUCAUUUGGGUUUUAUGGCUUUGCAGCAUAAUGAGUUUUGGGGUCAAAACUUCUGUCCUGAAUUUAAUACAGCGGAACACAGUGGUUGUUCCAAUCAUGUAAUAUGUGAUGGUGUAGAAUUUUUGGAAUAUCAAAACAUUGAUCCCUCACGCUCGGGCUUUUGGAACAAUCUUCUAGGUUUGACUAUAAUGAUGAUUGUCUUCCUCUCCAUUACCUUCUUAAGAUUGGUAUUACUUAUAAAACAUUAUAAUUUCCCCUUACAUUUAUUAUGAGUUACUAUCUAUUAAAAGGAGUUCUUCAAUUUGCUUUCAAUCUAA